UUGAGCAGACGAUCGAGAGCGUGUGCAGAGAUAGUUAACUCGUUAAAUAGGAAAGAUCGCCUGGUUGUUGUCGUCGUCGUCGUCGAAGGGACGGCGGAAGAAGCGGCGGGAAUCGAUGGAGGGUAGCAGCGGUGGAGGAGACAGAACGCUGCAGCAAGUCAACUUUGAGUCGGAGCUGAGUCUGCUGAAGAGGCAGAUCGACGGGCUUCAGGUGACGGUGCACUCGAUGCAGCACGAUACAGAGAAGAAGGACAAAGCGAUCGCCGCCUUGGCCAGAGACAAAGAGCAGUUGGCGAUCGAUCUGAAGAGACAGAGAAGAUCGAACGCUAAUCUGAAGCAGCAGCUGGAGGAUGAACGACGAUUCUACUACAAGGAGAAGGAGCAGUACUGCAACGAGAUGAACAGUUACAAGAAGUUGAAGAGGCAAGAAGCAGCAGCAGGAGGUGGAGGUGGAGGAGGCGGUUGCGGUGAUCACAAGAAAGAGUUGUCUCAUCUGAAGAACACGCUGAAUCAGACGCUCGAGGCCAACUACAAUCUGAGCGUAAAGUUUCUGAGGAUGAAGAGCUGCAAGUCGAGCCUGAAGAAUCGUCUGGCGAGUCUCGAGCAGGUGCACGAGAGGACGCUGAAAGAGUGCAAGGCCGAUUUCGAGAAGUUGCAGAACGAACUGAACGAGAUCGUGAGGAGGCAAUUCGCCAAACCGAUUCCGCCGAGCAGCAAGAAAUAUCUGCAGAUCAUAAAACAGAACGGCGCCCUCAUCCACGACAAUCUCUGUUUGCAGCUGGAAAUCGAUCGACUGCAUCUAACGUUGGACAGGAUGCGAGUGCACGAGCUGAAGACAGAGACGAACAGCAAGUUGCAGUUUAUACACAACGGCCGGAAGACGACGACGACAACGACGUGCUUCAAGAAGCCGUCACAGAGCGGCGGCGACUGCUCCGAAAGCAAGCUGACCACGUCGUCGACGACGACAUCAUCAAGAGAAGAGAGAAAGUUGGCUCAGGUACAGGAAGAAGAUGAUCUACAACAGCAGCAGCAGCAGCAUUUGAGCCCCAGGUCCGCCAAGUACGAGCUGAUGACCGUCUCGAAUUCGAGCGUUUCCGAGAACACUUACUACACGAGCGUCAAGUGCUGCCAACCACCAUCGAUGGGGGCGGUUGCCGCUGCUGCUUCGGUGGCCUAUCGCACUCAAUCCGCCCCCGAGAUCGUCCGAACGAACAGCGACAAAACAAAUUAACUCGCUCCUCCCAAUGUACUUUAUAAUAGGUUUCCAUAACAACAGAAAUAUGCAUCAGUUUUUUAUUAUUAUUAUUAUUAAUA